AGUUGAACCGACAGCGCGCAGUGAAAUCUAAAGAUAAAAGGUACGCAACAUAUACCAGUAAAUUUCGGCAGGAAAUAUGUCUUUCGAGCGUGCGACCAGUAGCCGCGCCCCGCGAGCAAGUUCCAUCAUGACAAGGCUCGGCAUUGCGGCCGUCGCCGCACUGUCCGCAGCCCCGACGGCGCUCUCCGCCAACAAAGGCGUCGACCCGGAGGCCCUACUCGAGCAACUCACCCUCGACGAGAAGCUGCAGUUUUUUCACGGAGAUGCCAAUACUUACGUCGGUUUCGUUCCCGGUGUCCCGCGACUGGGCAUCCCGGCCAUCACCAUGCAGGACGGACCCCAGGGGUUUCGCCAGCCGGAUAGUGUGGUGACCACCGGGAGCAGCACCCAGUUCCCGUCGAAUCUCGCGAUCGGAGCGACCUUCGACCACCGCAUCGCGUACUACUACGCCAAGUUUAUCGCCAAGGAGUUCCGGGGCAAGGGGGCAAACAUGCUCCUCGGGCCGGGGGUGUGUCUGAACCGCGUGCCAUACGACGGCCGGAACUUCGAGUACCUCUCCGGUGAGGAUCCCGUGCUCGGCGCGGAGAUGGCACCCUACUACGUGCAGGGCGCGUUGUCGGAGAACACCAUGACGUCCGUGAAGCACUUUAUCUUCAACAACCAGGAAACGGAGCGCGAGUACGUGUCCUCGGAGGUGCCGGAGCAGGUCGGGAUGGAAUACUACAUGAAGCCCUUCAUCGCGGGCGUGGAAGCAGGCGCUUCGAGCAUCAUGUGCGCUUACAACAAGGUACUGGCUCAUUCCUGCUUCAUCUUUUCUUGUAGCCGAGUAGAAGAUCAUGCGCCUUAAAAAUACCUCCUUCUUUCUCAAUAAUUCUUUCAUGUUUACUCCCUAGUUCUCCAACUUGUCGCAAAUCCACAUGUAGGUAAAUGGCACCUACGCGUGCGAGAACGCCGACGUGAUGAAGCGGUUGGAGAAGUUUAGCGACAACUACUUUGUGAUGUCGGACUGGGGCGCAACGCACAGCAGUUUCAAAGCCGCCAAUGCCGGCCUGGCCAUGGAGAUGCCGACGGGUAUCCACAUGUCGCCCGAGAACAUGAAGAAGGCGCUCGCGGAGAAGAAACUGGACAUGAAGACCGUGGACGGACUAGUGCUUCGUACUUUGAAGGCGUUGAAGCAGGCGGGGCAGUUGGACGGGAAAUUUCCAAAUUCCGGCGACGUGAUGGCCAACGUAACGCUUCCCCUGCACAAAAUGGCGGCGACCAUCUUCGUCGCGGAGUCCAUGAUUUUGCUCCACAACCAGUUCCGGCCACACACCGGGAACGGGAACAGCAAGCCACUGCCGCUCUCCUUGGAAAAGGGGAAAAAAGCGGAGAAAGUUUUCCCGGUCGGGUGUGGGCACGAGCUGAUCACCGGGGGCGGCGGCAGCGGACAUGUCCUCCCGUCGAUGACGGUCACCGUUGCCCAGGUGUUGCAGCAAAACAACCUGCUCGCCCAGAGCAUGGAGGACGCGGACGCGGUAGUUUACUGCUUCAGUGAAUACAGCGCGGAGAACAGCGACCGCUCCUGGCUCGGCGUGAAGGGUCCGGCUUCUAUCCCGACCGACGAGUUGAAGAAGCAAAUCGAAGCUGUGGCCGCGGAUAAGAGCAAAAAGCUAAUUCUCUACGUCUCCACUCCGGGGCCCUUUUUGCUUCCCAUGGAACUGUCCAAGACCGACGCAGUGCUCGUCAACAUCUUUCCCGGCGAGCGCGCGGGGGAGGCCCUCGCUGCGGUCUUGUUUGGUCGCAUGAGCCCCAACGGGAAGCUGCCGUUUGCGCUGCCGAACGUGGAGAACGAACAAAAGAUGAGCAAGGAGCAGUACCCGGGCGUCGGGCCGGUCCACGGCACGCACGCGCACUACACGGAAAACUUGGAGUUCGGUUACCGGUGGUACCAAGCGAGAAAUAUCCAGCCGAAAUUUCAUUUCGGCCACGGUCUGUCCUACGGGUUGGAAACCGCGCACAUCACCAACGUGUUCUGGGCGAAGGAGAAGAAUUUAGUCCGGUUUUGCGUCGAGCACCAAGAGCCCGCGGUAGAAAAUACCGCACAAGUAGAAAAACGAUCUCUUGUGUCUGUCUUGGCGGAGGAAGCGAGCAACUUUGUCACCGCGAACUUGAAGACGACCGCCCACUUCCAGCCUCCCGAGCACGAGUUUCUCCGCGGGCGAUUUCUGUCGCAGAGCCAACUUUUCACGCAGCUCGUGGAGGCCCCGGUGCAGCCAACGACCGCCGCUGCCAAGCUCGGGUCCGGCAGGCCGACGAGUGAAUUGCUGCAGGAAGCGGUUUCGCAGCUCCAGAAGCAGCUGAAGGAGGAGGGAAACAAGCAGGCUUUGUCCCUGCACGGAACCGAAAACUUUGACCUGAUCAAUCUGCACGAAUCCUCGAAGCAAAUCCCCGUGAAAGUUUCCGUGCAGUUCUACGUGAAGCAUCGGGGCAGGAAAUUCCUCGAGCUGGUGCAGUUCGCCUCGGUUGACAACGUCAUUCCCAACGAAAAAUCCUGCAGCCUCGCGAUGUACGAACCGCCGGUGCAGUGGGACGUGAGUUCCGCAAAAAUGGUCCGCGUCCCCGAAUUCGACUUGUUCGUCUCGAAAAAUGGAAUCAGCGAGGCGGAGUACGUCGGCACCUACAACCACGACACGGAGGCGGCUUCCGAGCCCGAGGUGCUCUUCGCGUGA